CCACAAACGAAAAACAUUCUUCUAUUUCUCUGGACCGAAACAAAUUGGCGCGGCGUUGUUUACGAUCACACCAAUUGUCUCCUUCUGUGCAGAGUGGAUUGAAGUUUGGGGAGCUCGGUUUGGAUUGGAAAUCAAAAAUGGCGGCCAACGGGCAGACCAAAGAAGGCAUCGACGGCCCCACCAAUCCAAUGGUGACACCUCUCUUGACGGAUCUCUAUCAGUUCACCAUGGCUUAUGCUUACUGGAAGGCCGGCAAACACAACGACCGUGCCGUGUUUGAUUUAUAUUUCCGUAGAAAUCCUUUUGGUGGCGAAUAUACUGUAUUUGCUGGUCUGGAAGAGUGCAUAAAGUUAAUUGCUAACUUUAGAUUUUCAGAGGAUGAAAUUGCUUUUAUAAAGGAAACCUUACCUACAUCGUGUGAGGAUGGCUUCUAUGAUUAUCUACGGGGCUUAGAUUGUUCAGAUGUGGAGAUACAUGCCAUUUCUGAAGGAUUUGUUGUAUCUCCGAAGAUACCAUUGUUGAGGGUUGAAGGGCCGGUAGCUGUGGCUCAACUGCUUGAAACCCCACUUGUUAAUCUCAUAAAUUAUGCUUCAUUAGUUGCGACCAAUGCUGCAAGGCAUCGAUUUGUUGCGGGAAAAUCCAAGCUUCUUCUUGAGUUUGGACUGCGACGGGCACAUGGUCCUGAUGGAGGUAUUGGGGCAUCAAAAUACUGUUAUAUGGGUGGAUUUGAUGCUACAAGCAAUGUUGCUGCUGGGAAAUUGUUUGGAAUACCACUUCGUGGGACACAUUCUCAUGCCUUUGUCAGUUCAUUCAUGAGCCCUGAUGAGAUUACAGAGAAAUCACUUCACAGUUCUGAUGGCUCCCAUGUUUGUGAGGAUUUUGUUGGUUCGGCACAGGCUUGGUUAAACAAACUAAAGCGGUCGAAUCUAUUAGGUGGAAUUUUUGGUGAAACAAACCAAAGUGAGUUAGCUGCUUUUGCCUCGUAUGCUCUGGCCUUCCCAAACAACUUUUUGGCCCUUGUUGACACAUAUGAUGUGAUGCGAAGCGGUAUUCCUAAUUUUUGUGCAAUUGCUCUAGCUCUGCAUGAUUUAGGGUACAAGGCAGUAGGUAUCAGGCUGGACUCUGGUGAUCUUGCCUACUUGUCAUGUGAGGCUCGAAAUUUUUUUAAAACCAUUGAGAAGGAGUUUGGAGUGCCAGAUUUUGGAAAGACGAACAUUACGGCCAGUAAUGACCUCAAUGAAGAAACUUUGGAUGCUCUGAACAAACAGGGUCAUGAAGUUGAUGCAUUUGGUAUUGGAACUCAUUUGGUAACGUGCUAUGCUCAACCAGCCCUUGGUGUUGUGUUCAAAUUGGUUGAAAUAAAUAACCAGCCUCGCAUUAAACUUUCUGAAGAUGUUUCAAAGGUCUCAAUUCCGUGCAAAAAAAGAAGUUACAGACUAUACGGGAAGGAAGGCUACCCUCUUGUUGACCUUAUGACAGGGGAAAAUGAAACACCCCCCAAGGCAGGCGAACGCAUUUUGUGUCGCCACCCAUUCAAUGAAUCCAAGAGGGCAUACGUGAUACCACAGCAAGUGGAGGAGCUUAUGAAGUGUUAUUGGCCUGGUAGAUCAGGAAAAGUGAGAGAAGAGCUACCGCCCCUUAAGGUGAUCAGAGAACGGUGCAUUAAACAUUUGGAGCAGAUGCGGCCCGACCACAUGAGAAGGUUAAACCCAACACCUUACAAGGUCAGCGUAAGUGCGAAAUUAUACGACUUCAUUCAUUUCUUGUGGCUCAAUGAAGCACCUGUGGGAGAGUUGCAGUGAGGUUCAUAUACAAACAAGGUUGGGAAAUGAUGGCAACUACAAUUUGUUAGCAGCAGCAGCAUCGAUUCAUGUAAAUCGGUCAUAUUAUCAUACUUACAUUGUUUUAUACAGAACAGAACAGAGCAUAGCCUGUAGAAUACUAUAUUAUAUGGAUUAUUUUCUUAAUAAAUAGCUUUUCAUUUCUCCA